UCAUGGCUGCCUCAGCCUUGCCUGAGACUUUCUCUGUGUUUUUACUCUAUAAAUUAAAAAAAGAGAUGUAAUCAAUCUGAGCUCUGCAACCUGUUGAGGGACUGGGGGUUCUUGAAGGCCCUCCAGGGCCUGGCUCUGACAAAGCGUCUGCAACUAAUGCUGCUUCUUGAAACUGCAGACAGGAUUUAUGCGUCUAAUAAAGUCUCUGACUCCAGGCUCAAGGGAUGGGGGCUGGAGGCUGAGAGCAGGAAUUCCUCAGGGUACCCUGGGAGGGAUCUCAGGUGGCUCUUAGUGGAGUCGUGCAUCUCCACCGCCUGCUCAGACGCCCCCUCAGGCUGCUGUGUGGGGUGGGGGACGAGAGAGACAGCAGGUAUAAGAGGCGACGUGGCUGAGGGAAGGCAGUCGGCAGCAUGGACUCUAGGCAGGUCGUCGCAUUGCUGCUGCUGGUAGUAACAGGCUGUGGCCAAGUGGAAGGAGCUGAAGGAGCCAGAAGCUGGAAUGGAGACCUGCUCUUCUCUGAGGAAGAUAGUGGACCCCAACCAGAGCAGGAUGCCGAGACCCUGCGGUCCCUCUUGCAUUUCCUGCUCCAGGCCUCAAAGAGACCCAGCCGAAGUCCAGCCUUCCUGUUUCAACCCCAGAGAUUUGGCAGAAACUCCCGAGGACCCUGGAGCCAUAACAGGCUGAGUGCCCGCACUGGAGUAGAGCACAGCUCUCCAUUUUGGAGCCUGAUUGCCCCUCAGCGCUUUGGAAAGAAGUGAUGUGUCAGACCUCGAUAUGUUUGCAUGCUGGACAGACAUUUAUGUGCCCCAGGCAAUGCCCAUCCCCACUCCUAAUAAAGCUGCAUGGGUCUGGAA